AAAAUGGCUGCUCUGACCCUCUGAACUAGCAUAGAGGGUGAAAUUACACUGUAAAAUGCGCACGCACGAAACGUCGUCGGGUUUUUGUUUUGUUUUGCUUUUGGAUGAAUUUUACUAAUAUCAGUUUUGCGUGUGUUUACCAAAUAAUUUUGCCUUGUCAUAUUUCUUCAGACGGAAUUAAGUGUGAAAAUAACGAGGAGUAAAAUGAUGUUAAAGGUGGUGUAUACUGUCAGUCGGGCUCUGUCGGUGUCUUUUGGCGGUUAUGGAGCUCUUUAAAGCGGCAUCAGAGAGGGCACGAGACGGGGGGAUUUAAAUCGGCAGCAGCACGCGCUCUCAUAGCAACGCGGAUGAAACAGCUGAGAAGGAUCAGAGAUAAAUCAGCUGUCUGUUGCUUUCUGAUAUACAAACUGCUACUUUUAUACACUGAAAACCACCGUAAGAUUCGGGAGAUAACUUUUAUUUUACUGUGACUUGUAAUCCCCUGGAGGCCAGGCUAAGGUUUGUUGGCGCACUCAGGAGGAAGAUGCAGUGCACUCCUGAAUCUAGUCUUUAUCUUGAUGGCUCUAAAGGGCAGCACUGCUACGAUGACUGCUCUGACAGUGGAUACUCAGGUUUUUUCCAGAGCCCACACAGCACCAGUGGAGCUGAUUCAUGUAGGUCUUUGUCUCCGGUGGAACUGGAUGAAACGCCCAAAGAGAACCUCCGGGUUUCUGUCACGCCAAAGAAGAUCCGAGAACAAGUCAGAUUUUUGGGCAGAGACUCCAGGAAGGUUUCAGCUGUAAGCUGGUGUGAAACUCCUAAAAUAUGCAAAAGGGAUACCUCGCUGCGACAGAGACUUCUACUGUGUAAACCCACUGUAGAUGUCAAAAAUGACAACACAAGAUCACCGUGCACCAGAGGGAUUGAAUCCCCUGUCAGUGGGUCUGAACCCUAUUUGAAUACAUCAUUUGACUCUGUAGACACUGAGAUGGGGGCAUCAAGCACUUUAAAAGUGGACCAGGACCUGCCACUAUCAGGCAGGAAGCGCCGUGUUCUGUUCACACAGGUGAGGACCUCAACUCUUGAAGAUGGCAAGCACAACUGUUGUCACCUUCCCAGUUUUGAGAAAGAAGCCUCACUCACAGAUCUAGACAUGAGUGAACACAUUUUUGCAUCUGGUCAAUGUAAUGUCAAGACUCCAGGCUUCAACGAAUUCCUGCCCAUCUCUAAAGAAAACUCUCAGUCACCACUGGGCAGCAUGACAGAUAAUCUAUAUAAUGGCUCAAGUGUCUUGUGCACACCAUCAUCUGCACAUACACCCAGCUAUAUCAGGUCGUUGAGUGAGGACAGCGGUUUCAGCUCAGUGACUCUUGAUAAAUCGCAAGACUCCACAGUGGACCAUGAUGGCUCGUUCCAGGAGCUGCUGCUGUCUGCCUCCAAAGGAAACUCUGAAACUCCAAAUCCAACAGAGGGAAGGCGCCGCUCCCGUUUGCAGCGUCAGCACAGGCUCUCUACGCUUAAAGAAGGUGGCUCUCAGUCUGAGGAAGACCCAACGGACAGAAAGCAUCAACAUCCUUAUCAAUGUUACAGCCAUUCUAAAGAGGAUGAGGUUUUUGCUGGGGAUAUCACCCCUCGCAGUGUCCUCUCUGUUAAAUGUGGUAAUGCCGUGAGCUCUGAUCGCUUGGGCUCAGCAAAAAAAGAUUAUACCACCCCACAAAGAGUGACUAAAACCAAGGCACAAGACAUGACCCCUUGUUCUACAGAUUUUGGCAAUCCAGAUAUCACACCACUCAGGAUGACUCCAGUUAACCUCUCUCUGACUCCAGCGCUGCAGCUGGUUCAAGCUAUGUGUCAGCACCAUGCCCAGAUGUUGGCUGGUCAAAGUCCAAGCCUGAAAGAGCAGCUGAAGUCUGCAGCAGCACUGACCAAGACCCCAAGCACUCUUCGGACCACUAUGCCAUUGGCAGGGCUGAUUGGCAGGAAGAUGGGCCUGGAGAAGGUGGACAUACUCACAGAGCUGAUGAAGAGGAACCUCAGGCACAUCCUGGCUGUUAUACUUUGCCAGAUGGACUCUGAGAGUGUCUAUAGGUGCAGCUGUGUUUGCAAAAGCUGGAAUCAAAUUCUCCAGCAAGACAAGCUAGCUAGCACAAUGAGAAGAAGCCACCUGAGUCAAGUGGAGGCUGCUCUUGAGCUUGGUGCUGCUGUCCAUGUCGCUGAUGCAGAGACCAGAGCCAUGUUGCUUAAGCGAUCAGCUCUGAAGACAGUUCAGGCCCAGUCUAGGACCUCCAGCUACUGCACUCCACAGUCAGGAAGCAGGGCUUUAACGCCACUGCAGCUCAGCGCCUUGCAUUCAGACAGCAGCAGCAAACGGGAUAAAUUUCUGGAGGUUGCUAAAACCCUCUUCAAUGAUGAGUGCCUCAAGCCUUGUCCGAGAUGUCAGCAUCCCGCAAGAUGCCAUUCAGGCAAAAGAGAGGGAGUGUGCAGCAGAGCUGACUGUGGAUUCCAGUUUUGCAUGUCAUGCUUGUGUACUUCUCACGGCUCUAGAGAGUGCGGUAGUCACUCUGCAGGCCGUAGCAGAAAGGACAUACUUCCCGGAAGCGCUCAAAGCAAGCGCAAUGUUAAAAGACUAUGAACAAAUUAUUCCUGCUUCAUGAAGUCACUUUAAUAAUAUCUAUUUUUUGCAAGUUUAUAGAUGGCAAUAAGCAGCGAGGAAACAGAUGUGUAGUACGUGCGGUGUCUGUACUCUUCAAUGUUUGUUUGUAUUUCUUUACUUAUCCCAUCCUACCCCUUUCCUUUUUUGAUAUAGUUCUUACUUGUAUAUUUUUUUUUAAAUUAUGCACUGAAGGAGGUUUUACCAGCAGAUAAAAGGAUUUCAUUUUACUGUUGUAUUUUUCUAUGCACUGACUGUACAGCAUGUUGGGUUUUUUGUUUUGGAGCUAUUGAGAUUUUCAGCUUUUACAAACAUGUUUUCUAGAUCGGUUUUAAAAUAAACUUGAUAUAUAGUAAAA